AUGUGCAGCUCCGCUGUCAUCGUCAUCUCCAUUGCCAUCGACCGCACAGCCGCCAUCACACUCCGGCCGACACCAGCUCCAAUCUGGCGUGAGUCAGACAUUGCACAUGUCACUCGCUCUGAUGAGGAGGUGAGCAUGUAUGGUGUGCGGCACACUGCCGUUUGCUCAAGGCGCCCCCUCGACAUGUGCAAGACUUAUCGCAUCAGCUCAGGCACGCAGCUGGUGUUCAGCAAAGAGGGCGGGCGGGGUCUGCCGCGACUACUCCCCGGACCCAAGCAUGCAGGCUGA